CGGACCAGCCGGCAGCAGCAGCAGCAGCAGCAGAAAAAGGGAGUUCUUGAAGAAGAAAUGGCUGACGCAAUCCACCGGCGGGAGCUCGACGCCAGCAUCGUCAUCAUCGGCUGCGGCGUGGCGGGGCUGGGGGCCGCCCAGAGGCUGCUCCAGCACGGCUUCAGCAGGGUGCGGCUGCUCGAGGCCACCGAGCGGAGCGGGGGGCGGAUCUGGAGCCGGCUUUUCGCCAACGGGUUAGUGGAGAUUGGAGCACAGUGGAUACAUGGGCCAUCGAAGCAGAAUGCUGUGUUUCAGUUGGCCAGCCAAUAUGAUCUACUAGAUGAAGAAGCAAUGUCAGAGGACAACCAGGCUAAACAAAUAAAUGGAUAUCCACCUGGAAUGUCAGCCUAUUGCACCAGCUCAGGGAAGAGAAUAGGACCAGAAAUAGCGGGCCCUGUCAAAGAAUUGUAUUCAACACUUUGCCUGAAAAGCAGGGAGUUCUUCCAGUCAAAGACAGAACCUGUCCGCAGUUUGGGUGAAUUUCUAAAACUUGAAAUUGCCCGGUGUGCAGAAGAAUGGAAAGAUGAUGAGGAAACGUGCAAUCUUAAACUUGCACUGCUGAACGUAGAAUUCAAGAUGGAAUGUUGUAUUUCUGGGACGGACAGUUUGGAUCUAGUAGCACUCCAAUCCUUUGGAGAGUAUCUGCUAUUACCUGGAAUUGAUUGUGUUUUUCCUGGUGGAUUUAAAAGCCUCAUUGAUGCAAUGAUGAAAUCUCUGCCAAAGGGUAUUGUAUCGUACAAUAAACCAGUUAAAUGCAUCCACUGGAAUGGAUCCUUCAAAGCAUCUAACACACAAGAACACUCUUAUUCAGUUCUGGUGGAGUGUGAAGAUGGAGAGACUAUACCAGCGGAUCAUGUUAUAGUCACUGUUCCUUUAGGUUUCCUUAAGGAACAUUAUAAAACUUUUCUUCGCCCCCCACUUCCUGUCAGUAAAAUUAAUUCCAUUCAGAAACUGGGUUUUGGGACAAAUAAUAAAAUCUUCCUUGAAUUUGAGGAGCCAUUUUGGGAGCCAGAACAUCAUCUGAUCAAUCUGGUCUGGGAGGAUGAGUCUCCACUGCUUAGCACACGGCCAGAUCUGCAAAAAGAGUGGUUCAGGAAGAUCUUCGGCUUUAUUGUUUUACGGCCCGUGGAAAGAUAUGGCCAUGUCCUUUUAGCUGUGCUUACUGGGGAAGAAGCUAACUUCAUGGAGAGCCUAUCUGAUUCUGAAGUCAAAAAUUGUUUGACACAAGUCAUACGGAGAUUUACAGGAAACCCAUCGAUACCUCUACCGAAGAGUAUUAUACGAUCAAAAUGGUAUAGUGAUCGUUACACAAAGGGAUCUUAUAGUUACACUGCAGUUGGGAGUUCAGGAGAUGAUAUAGAUGUUAUUGCACAACCUCUCCCACUGACAUCUACAAAAGCACAGCCUUUGCAGGUGCUUUUCGCUGGUGAAGCUACUCACCGGACAUUUUACUCUACUACCCAUGGUGCCUUGGAGUCAGGAUGGAGGGAAGCAGAUCGCCUGAAUAAUCAUUAUUUGCCUUUCACUUCCAUAAACACAAAACUAUAAAACUUUCCAAUAAUUUACCAUAGUCCACCUGUUAUCUCUAUCUUUAAUAAAAUCCUAAUCGUGUCCAAGCUUACAAUCUAAAGUGUGUUAGAGAUUGGCAGGGUUAAUCACUAAAGAAUGUUUUUGUGAAUUAUAUUGCUGUGCAUGAAAGGAGAACUUUAUUUUCACAAAUUACAGUGUCAAGGUACCAGAGACUUUUUGGCCUCAGCUGACCAUAUAAAAGAAUGAGAACUUAUUGGUGGUACCCGGAAGAAAAGAUUUGAGAAACAUUGUUUAGAAAGAAGGAGUUUGAGAAGGUACCUAAUCAAAAUAUAUAACAUAUCUAGGCAUCUUCCAUAGUAAGACUCGGGAGUCAAAGACUCAGGCCUGGUUGUACUGUGUUCUUGAGCUAUACUUCAUCUACUCUGUCUGAGUUUAUCUCUGUAUCUAUCCCCAUUCUUAUAUUUCCCUACUACCAUUGUUGUGUCCUUCUCAACCCCCUAGCCUAGACAAUGCUCCUGCUGGCUCUUUUCCUCUCCUCUUGUCCCCUUUGUACAGAUUAUGAUCCACCUGAACUUUUAGCAGCGGCAAUUCUCUGUGCUACAUGAGGCCAGAGCAGCUUGUUUCCAAUCAGUCAGUGCCACAGAAUGGUGGGCCCUUAGUAGGGAAAAGUAUCCGGCAGUAGCAGCAACACAACUUGGAGACAGCGCAAGUAGGUUCUUCACAUGGAUGGAAGCCUUAGUGGAAAGUAGAGUAAAGCUUUUUAUCACAUGACUGAAAUACUACACAUAUUACUGAUAUACUGAUAUAGAAAGAUACAGGGCUCAGAGAUAUUUUUAACUACUUUAAAAAAACUUGCUUAAGCUGUAAAUAACUUGGUUUUCCUCUCUCCAGAACCUCUUGUUCUCGAUUGCUUUUACCUUUUUUGCAUUGUAGUGGUAAUGUUGAAAAUGUGUUUAUGAAGAACACAUUUAUAAUUUCAUUGUGUAUAGGCUACAAAUCUUUUCUCUAGGUCGUAAAUGUUUGCAAUAAGAAUACGUCAGGCAAACGAGUAGAGUGAAGUACAUUAGGGUGUUAAAAAUACAGUUGAAUACUAGACAUGGCGAGUUAGAACAUGAGACAAACUUCCGUAGGCUGAAAGGGUCGUUUUUAUUUUAUUUUUCUAUGUCCUUGAAAUGAAAGAUAUUUCCAUGGCUAUCUGGUAUAUAGAGUCAUAGCGAUCUACUGCACAGAAAAAGGCCCUUCAGCCCAUCAAGUCUGCGCCAGUCAAACCAAGUACCUAACUAUUCUAACCCCAUUUUCCAGCACUAGCCCAUAGCCUUGUAUGCCAUGGCAUCACAAGUGCACAUCCAAAUACUUCUUAAACGUUAUGAGGGUUUCUGCCUCUACCACCCUUUCAGGCAAUGAACAAAAAAAAAAUUGUAGUGUUCAUAAAGUAGAGUACUAUAUUCCAGAGCCCUUCUGCAGUAACUUUACUUCCUUAAUACAGUACACAAGAUAAAUAUAGAUAACGAAGGCCAUUUAGGUCAACUUAGUUCACCAACAGUAAAAUAUGAAUCUCUCCCGCAUUGCACCAUUUAACUGAUUAUUGAAUGAACCUAAAGUUUUCAUCACCACCAACCAAACUGAAAUACCAUUCUGUGUGUUUGUUCGGGUAUCUGUAGUAAACUUUCUCUUCAGCAGUUUUAACUAAUACUUUUAGUAUCCUGGUGUACCUUGAAUUAACCUUACCCCUGCUAUUCAUUAUCUUCUAUAUUGCAACCCCCGCCCCCCAACCUGAACUCCCCUACCCAGUUUUCCCAUUCCAGGACUAAAAGGUCCUUGUUUCUCUGGUCACACCCCAUAACUCAAUCCUUUAGUGGUAGUGAUCAGCCUUGUGGCUCUCUUCUGAACCCUUGCGUCUUGGUGACCAAAACUGAAAACUGUACUGAAGGUGCAGGAGAUGUGGUAGUUUUUUUUUUAAUUCUUUCACAGAAUGUGGGCAUUGCUGUUAGGCCAGCAUCUAUUGCCCACCCCUAGUUGCCUUUGAGAAGGUGGUGGUGAGCUGCCUUCUUGAGCUGCUACAAUCCUUGUGGUGUAAGUACACCCACAGUGCUGUUAGGAAGGGAGUUCCAGGGUUUUGACCCAGCAACAGUGAAGGAACGACGAUAUAGUUUCAAGGCAGAAUGGUGCGUGGCUUGGGGGGUACAUGCAGGUGGUGGUGUUCCCAUCCACGUGCUGCCCUUGUCCUUCUAGGUGGUAGAGGUCAUGGAUUUGGAAAAUGUUGUCAAAGGAGCCUUGGUAAAUUGCUUCAGAUUUACUUCAAAUUAUUAUGUGAGCUCAGAGAUGAUAAUAUCUAUCACUAUAAUCAACCACCAACAAAUUCUUGAUGCUUAAUUAUCUGGGUCUAUAUUUUGAUACACAAACUGUGAAUCACAAAUCCAAUGUUAUUAUUUGUUGGAAUUGAAAAUAUCUGUGCUUAAUAUUGCUACAAAUGUUUCAAUGGAAGUAGUUUAAGAAUCUCUUUAGUAUAAUAUUGUAUUAUCCUUUAAUCAACAGCAUCAGAAAUCUAUUUAAAAUUAUUGCACUUUAUGGACAAAUAAUUUUAUGUUUGUAAUUUCUUGCUCUAAUUUGCACAGAAUGUAUGUGAGUUUCCAUUUUCUAUUUCCGAAAAGAAAGAAUAAAACUGUCAAAUAUC